AUGCAACAAUCACCCUUACGACCACCACGUCAGCGAAAACAGCCCUCACCUCACACAACCAAAAACCAACCACUGCGAUACAUUCCACCCACCCAACAGCAACAGCUCUUGUCCUACAACGAUAUCCCAGCCUGGUACUCAGAUAACCCCUACAUCCUAACAGGCUACCGCCCCAUCUCGAAUUCCACUCAAAGCUGCCUAUCAAGUCUCUUCUACUUACACAACGAAUCAGUCAAUAUCUACACCCAUCUCGUCCCAUCGAUCUCACUUCUUCUCGCGGAGUGGACACUCUACCAAUACAUCCAGAUAUGGUACCCCCAUGCCGCAAUCCAGGAUCAAGCUAUCUUCGCAUUUUUCCUCCUAACAGCAACGAUUUGUCUCGGGAUGUCGGCGAUUUUCCAUACGCUCAUGAACCAUUCGGAAAAGGUUUGUAAUCGAUGGCUACAGUUGGAUUUUAUUGGCAUUGUUAUUCUUACUAUGGGAAAUUUUGUUUCUGGGAUUCAUAUGGUUUUUUAUUGUGAACGACGUUUGAAAUAUAUUUAUUGGGGGAUGACUGGGAUACUCGGUGCAUCAUCGCUUAUGGUACUUGUCAAUCCGCGUUUCCAGGGUCUACAGUGGCGCACGUUUCGGGUUGGGACUUUCAUGGCGAUGGGUCUUUCGGGGAUCGCGCCACUUGUUCAUGGGGUUGCGGUUUUUGGGUUUUCGCAGAUGAUGAGGCAGUCUGGGGCUCCGUUUUAUAUUGCCGAAGGCGUGCUUCUUGGUCUUGGGGCUGUGGUCUAUACUGCCCGGGUUCCGGAGUCGUUUGGGCCGGGGAAAUUCGAUAUUUUCGGGUCGUCUCAUCAGAUCUUUCAUGUCUUGGUGGUGCUUGCUACCGUCUUACAGUUUGCGGGGAUCCUAUGGGCGUAUGAUUACAAUUACUAUAAUCGGGUUUGUGACUUUUAG